AGUUCCUAUACACAAAUUUCAUGUGGAAAAUCACUUUCUCAGCAAUAAACAGAUUGUUUAUAACCUGAGUAACCUAAAAUGUAGAUGUAUAUUUUUAAUCUCUGCAGAGUCCCAAUGGUCUGCUUUUCUUUAGCCACAUGUGGAGAGCAGAUUAUCAAUGGCCAUACCUGGCAGGGAAGAAAAGCUAAGAGCAGAAAACAUUUUUACUUGGAAGUAGAGAUCCAAGCCAUUUCAUUUUCACGUGGUAGUGAUUUGGAAGAGGACAGAAUCCAUUUUCCCAAUGGUUGCAGUCGUGUGAUUUGAACAGGCCACUGGCAAUUUUUAUAGUGUUUUCAAAAAUAAUAUUUUUACAUUACAUUUAUUUCCAUUGAGGAAAUGAAGUAGUAUGUUUGUUGUCUUUUCUUCCGCAUCAAAUUGAUGGGAGGGUUGUAUUCUGUAACUUAGUGUAAUACAUCUGAACAAUAUAUGGGUGAGUGGGGAGGGCAGGAAGUUUGCCAGAAUGAAAUGGUUGAGUCAUUUUACACAGUAAAAAUUAACAUGAUUUUUUUUGUUGUUGUCUUUGAUAUUUUUUUCUCUUCCAAUGUUAGCAAGAAGGCUCAUUGUGUGCUCAGCACUGUCUGAAUAAUUUACUACAAGGGGAAUACUUUAGCCCUGUUGAGUUAUCCUCUAUUGCACAGCAAUUGGAUGAGGAAGAAAGAAUGAGAAUGGCAGAGGGAGGAGUGUCUAGUGAAGAAUAUAGAACUUUUUUACAGCAGCCUUCUGUAAAUAUGGAUGAUAGUGGAUUCUUCUCAAUUCAAGUUAUAAGCAAUGCCUUGAAAGUUUGGGGUUUAGAACUAAUCCUCUUCAACAGCCCAGAGUAUCAGAGGCUUGGGAUCGACCCUAUAAAUGAAAAAUCAUUUAUUUGUAAUUAUAAGGAACACUGGUUUACAGUUCGAAAGUUAGGAAAACAGUGGUUUAACUUGAACUCUCUCUUGAUGGGUCCAGAACUAAUAUCAGAUACAUAUCUUGCACUUUUCUUGGCUCAAUUACAACAGGAAGGUUAUUCCAUAUUUGUAGUAAAAGGUGACCUGCCAGACUGUGAGGCUGAUCAGCUUUUGCAGAUGAUUCGAGUACAGCAGAUGCAGCGACCAAAACUAAUUGGAGAAGAAACAGCACAGUCAAGAGAUCAGAGACUACCCAGAAGUGAUGUGGACCAAGCAAUAGAAGUUAACCAUCCUUUUGAUGGAACAGGCAUGUUAGAUGAAGAUGAAGAGAAUUUUCAGAGAGCCCUGGCUCUAAGUAGGCAGGAAAUUGAUAUGGAAGAUGAAGAAGCUGAUCUUCGCAGAGCCAUUCAACUCAGCAUGCAAGGUAGUCGUCGAAGUGAGUUCUCGGACUCAUUACCACAGAACGUUCCUCAGUUGCCUCACACCAGUCAGACAGACUCCCUUUCUUCAGAAGAACUGCGAAGGAGAAGACAAGCAUAUUUUGAAAAGCAGCAACAACAGCUACAGCAGCAGGAUCAGAUCCCGAACCUACGUGAUAAGCCAACUCUAAGCUCAAGCACUCCAGAAGCUGACCCAGGAGGUGAUAUGAGUGAAGAAGAUAUGCUUCAAGCAGCCAUGAAUAUGUCUCUGGAAUCUGUUAGAAAUCACUUGAACACAGAAGAGGAGAAAUGACAUAUCUCUUUUUUUUUUUUUUUUUCUCUUGUCAAAACACUAAGUCUUCAUUAUAAUUUUACUGUGUGGAUGUUGCACAAGCAGGGUUCAUUUCAGAGUUCUGGAAGCAGGAAUGAAAGGGGGGUGGAUGUCAGGGUUUAGAGGGAAUCUACAAAUAUAAAAAAAGAUUGCACUAAUUUAGAAAACUACUACAGAACAUCUGUUCGUAACAGUAGCUGCGUUAAAAUUAAACUAUUCACUUGAACAGAGUUUAGACACAUGUAGCAGCUGUACCUUGCAAUUAAAAAGCAACUUUAUAUUAUUUUGAAUUCUAUAGAAAAUACAGGAGGUGUUGACAACAGCAUCAAAUUAUUUCCUUCAGUACUAAUGGAAAAGUGGAUACAAGUAAUAAGUUGUACUCAUAAAUGACUAAAUUCUUCAUAAGAAAUCACUUAAACAGAAUUCCUUUUCCCAUUUUAUCUUAGAUAAUUUAUUUUGUGAUUGUUCUGAAUUACUUACUAGCAACUUUUCGAUCCUGCUGUCCACUUUUGAAAUGACCCAAUCUGCAGGAGAAACGUGAAUCCAUAAAUUUCAUACUUUGCAAUUAAAGAGAAAAUCUUCAGUGUAUUGUUGAUUCUAAUGUUACUUCUGAAUCUUUCAGUGACUUCUGACGCUUUCUGGUUUUGCUUUCAGUUCCAACUCUAAAAUUUUCAGAUCCAUGUUUAAAGUAGGAUUUUUGCAUUGCCUUUUGGCAGAUAACUCACUGCCUUUGAUUUGAUUUUUUUAAAAAUUUGUUUUCUUCUGCUCUUUCUAGUUAUGCCACACAUUACUGUAAAAGUAGCAUAUAAUCCGUUGGGUUAAACAGGUUUUCUUUUCUACCUCUUCUGGAGUCUUUUUACUUCUUCAAGCCCAACCCUGCAUUCUGGUCUUUCACUAUGAGAGAGCUGUAACUGAGUAGGAGAAAGGAGGAGGGGAUUUAGGUGCCAUAAAGUCAGUGCCACACACAUAAGGUGCAUUCCUGCAGUCUGAAAUGACCCCUUGUGCAAAUAGCUCUUUUAAGAAUGAAUAUUUAUGUAUGUGUGGAUGUUCUUUCUGAAGUGCUUUUUAUGAGUGUCUGUCAGAAUGUUGCAGCUUUUUCAGGAAUGGCCUUUAUUCAUGCACCUUACAAUUUUUUAUCAUGCUGUUUCUGAUCCUGAGAAAAUUGGGGAGCAAAGUAUGUGAGAUGUCUUACAACCAAUAGCAUAAGCUAUUUGCUUUGAUAUCCAGGAUGAAUGUGUAACAGGGUGACCAAGCCUGACUUUCAGCUUCAGUGCAAGAAUUGAGAUGUUUCAUUUUCCUAAAUGGUGCUUGAAAUACAAAUUCUGUUUACAUAUAAAUUAUAUGGAAAUACGUUAUAGAUAGAUAUAGGGUAUGUAAACUGUUGUCCACUUAAUGCAUUAACAGUUAGCACAGGCACUCUGAGAAUCUUUUGAAGAUAACCCCGUUUCUUUAUCAAAAUAUUCUGUAGUUAUUUCAGUGCACAAUAGAAAUUAAUUAAAAUUAGCAUGAAAUGAAUGGUAGCUAGAUGGAAAUACACAUUCAGCAUUACCUAGUACUGUACAUGAAAGGGCUUUUACCUCUCAGUAAAGAUUUGUUUACAGCAAUGGUUUCUUGAUACAGCGUAGUGUAUUAUUAUAUUAUACGUAAUUGGGCUAAAUUCUGUUUUCCUUACCUGUGUACUGAAUUUCCACCAAUGUCACCAGAACUACUGGUAUGUGUAAGACAGUAUGGAUUUUGACAUGAAACAGCACUAUUUUUAAAAAAUGAUUUUAAAUUUUGUCUUUUUUAAAUAAUCCUGUCAUGCACACAUUAUAAUUAAUAUUUUUAAUGUCUCUAAUACAGCUAAAU